AUGAGCUCAGGUGCUGAUGUCGUAAAAACAACCAGACCCACCGAGAAGUCUAAGAAAAUGCCAAUUCUCAAAUCCAUACAACUCCCACGAAGUCUGGCCACGAUGAAAGGGAAGUCGGAUGAUGAACUCACGAUUAACCCGAAGCAUACUCACCUUGUUCGAUCCGAUGCUGGGCGUUCAUCGCAGGUUUCUGAUCCCGUUAGUGCGUUAUUGGCUUAUUAUCGACAUAAAGUUUCAUCUCUAAGCGAAGAGCCUGAGCAACUUCAGCGCCGUCUGGACGAUAUCGCGGAGGCGAUGCAAAUUCGAGAAACUACAACGUCGGCUCUUCAUCAAAAGGAGGUGGAAAUAUGCGAUCUGAAACGGGCCUUGUCGGACAUGCAGGUCUACCUUUUUCAGGAGCGUGAACAUGUCUUGCGAUUGUAUGCAGAAAAUGAUCGAUUAAAAAUCAAUGAGUUGGAUGAUAAGCGGAAAAUCCAGCACCUCCUACAACUUUCUGGACUGGAACCUUUUGAAGUGACUUAUUUUCUUAAAGACAAUGGAGCCGUCAUCUCAGCAACACCCGCACUCGCGGAAAACGCUUCUCCAUGUAAACCAAAGCACCCAUCCGGGCUGGUUGUAGCUCCUGUUGUGCCGCAGCAGCCUCCUCCUGUCGGCGUUGAAAUCACAGCAUCUGGAAAAACCGUCAACAAACCGGUUACUACCGACACCUCCGUUGGCGCUUCACUUAGCGGGCUACGUGGUGGGGGCAAUCUUGCUCGAUCGAACGUCUCCCGUCUGGAACACGAAGCCUUGAUUCGUGAACUGGAAGUGGUCAGAUCUAGCCUUCGGUCCAUGCAGACGCAACUGGCGGAGCAGACUGUGGUCGCCAAGGAGCAGAUCGACAGUCUUAUGGAGGACCGCCAAGUGAUGCAGGAGGAAUCAGACGCACUUCGAAAGGAUUUUGAGGAAAAGCUCCGCUUGGGCAACGAACAGUAUGUCCCGUCACAGUUUUUCAUGGUCACCUACUUCUUGUUUGCAAAGGGCACACUUCUGUUCAUGUUUUUGAUGACGAGUGAGCUAUCGUGUGCGGGGAUUGUGACCGCUUGGAAGUGA